AUGGACCUGAAAGUUGAAAGUGAUGAACUGGAUGAAGUUGAGGAGAAACACUACUAUCAGACACCUCAUCAUUUCAUACUGAGAGAAACAUUGAGAAACUUGCAGAUGGAAAAUACUUUCUCUCUAAAAAGAAAGCAAAGUACAGAAGGGGGCAAAUCCUCAUCUCACUGUGAGAACAGUUUUACACUUAAAAGACAUUCUGUGGAAAACGUGAAAAUUCACAUUGGAGAGCGCCCAUACACAUGUCUGCAGUGUGGGUGGAGUUUUAUCCAGAAAUCACAUCUUGAUAUGCACAUGACAGUUCACACUGGAGAGCAUCCAUAUGCAUGUCCUUAUUGUAAAAAGGAUUUCAAACAGAAAUCAACACUUGAAAAACAUGUGAGAACUCACACUGGAGAGCGUCCAUAUACAUGUCUUCAGUGUGACAGGAGUUUCGCACAGAAAUCAUAUCUUGACAGCCACAUGAGAACUCACACUGGAGAGCGUCCAUAUACAUGUCUUCAGUGUGGAAAGAGUUUCACAGAGAAAAAAAGUCUUAAAAUGCACAUGAGAAUUCACACUGGAGAGCGUCCAUAUUCAUGUCUUGAGUGUGGAAAGAGUUUCAUCCAGAAAUCAGGGCUUAAUCUGCACAUGAGAGUUCACACUGGAGAGCAUCCAUUUGCAUGUCCUCAUUGUAAAAAGGGUUUCAAGCAGAAAUCGGCACUUAAAAAACAUGUGAGCGUUCAUACUGGAGAGCAUCCAUACAUAUGUCUUCAGUGUGGGGGGAGUUUUACAAACAAAACAACUUUUGAUAUACACAUGAGAAUUCACACUGGAGAGCGUCCAUUCCAAUGUCUACAGUGUGUGAGGAGUUUCAUACAGAAAUCACAGCUUAUUGUGCACAUGAGAGUUCACUCUGGAGAGCGUCCAUACGCAUGUCUUCAGUGUGAAAAGUCUUUCAAACAGAAAUCGGCACUUGAUGGUCAUAAGAGAAUUCACUCUGAAGAGCGUCCAUACUCAUGUCUUCAGUGUGAAAAGAGUUUCAAACAGAAAUCGGCACUUGAAAGUCAUAAGAGAAUUCACUCUGGAGAGCGUCCAUACUCAUGUCUUCAGUGUGGAAAGAGUUUCAAACGCAAAGAAAGUCUUGACAGCCACAUGAGAUGUCACACUGGAGAGCGUCCAUACGCAUGUCUUCAGUGUGGAAAGAGUUUCAAACGCAAAGAAAGUCUUGACAGCCACAUGAGAUGUCACACUGGAGAGCGUCCAUACUCAUGUCUUCAGUGUGGCGAGAGUUUCAGAUGGAGUCCUAGUCUUAGGAUUCACAUGAGAAUUCACACUGGAGAGCAUCCAUAA